UGGUUGACUAUGCCAGGGUAUAUUGCCGUUGACAAGCACAGGUUCAACCUGGAAGGACUUCAACUGCUUGUGUACAACAGUAGCUCUGAGAAUGUGCAAGAAAAGGCAAUGACAAGGUUGCGAGACAUUUAUUGGAAAAAUGAGCCUCAUGAUCUUGAGUACCUGACCCAGUGCAUGCUAAUCUACACAGAUAAGGUACUGAGAGACAACGAGUUCUUCGAAGCUGCCAGGAGAAUCAACCCGUCUCUGAUUGUGCUGGACAACCUGCCAUACUGGCGAACGCUGUCUGUUCUGGCUUACAGACUCGGAGUCCCCUUUGCCUACCUGGGCACUGCCUACAUACCAGCAAUGGACCGAAUUCCGAUCAGCUUUGGUGCUUUACCUACCAUGAUAAAGGAAUACACAGAUCACAUGGACUUUUGGCAGCGUCUAACGUCGACAGUUCUCAACUCACCUGUUUUAUUCUUUCAUAUCUUUUCUCAUGCCGACGCAGUGCAAAGGUAUGCCCCAGAAAUGGCGUUCAUAAAUCAGUUCGAACUGGAGCUGAAAGCGGAAGUGACUCUGGUGGAGCAGGAUCAUAUACUGGACUACCCUCAGCCCACAUUGCCUAACGUGAUUCGUAUCGGAGGAACUGCUGUUUGUAAGGCAAAAGAACUCAAAGAGCCGUAUAAAUCUUUCGUUGAGUCCUCGGACCAAGACAUAGUUGUGGUGUCCUUUGGCAGUUAUGUCCUAAAUAUCCCAGAGCAGAUUUCUACCAAGAUGAUGAACGCUUUCUUACGUCUCAAGCUCAAGGUUGUGUGGAGAGUCAACGUUACGUCUGCAAAUCCUCAACAAGUGAUGACGUCAUUAUGGAUCCCUCAGAACGACUUGCUAGGUCACGCCAAGGUCAAAGUGUUUGUGAGCCAUUGCGGGAAGAACGGCCAAUAUGAGGCACUGUAUCACGCCGUCCCCAUGCUGUGUCUGCCUCUGUUCGGAGACCAACCUUACAACGCAGUAAGAUCAAGCUCCCGAGGAUAUGGCCUAACGUCUGACGUCAGGGCUAUGUCGGAGGAUGACCUGGUUACAAUGAUCAACGAACUCUACUACAAUGCCAGCUAUUCGAACAACAUUCAAAAGGCGUCGCAGAUUUUUAAAGACAUAUACGGAUUGCCUAAGGAGAGAGCAGCGUUCUGGUUGGAUCAUGUGAUUAAAUAUGGCGGCUCUCAUAUGCGUUAUGCGGGUCAGGAUUUGCAAGGGUAUCAGUUUUACUGUUUGGAUGUUCUCGCUGCGAUUGCUCUGAUCAUCCUCUGCGCUCUUUUUGUGUUGUAUUUUGUCCUAAAGAUUUUUGUAAAGCUUUUGAAAAGUGUCUUUAAAGCAGCAUCGCAUAAGUCAAAAACACAGUGACGUUCCUUGAAAAUAUUGUUAUCACAUACCGUGCUGUAGUUGGUUAUCAACUGGACCAAACAACAAGCAGACGUACAAAAAUACAUUGUUAUAUUUGUUCCACAUGUUCUAAUCUUGAUGGGGAAACUUCAACAGGACAUGCCCUUGAGUGUGAUGGGUCUCAUGACUUCAUUAAGAAAGUAAGAAAUGGCAAUUUGCACACGUAAACAGCAAGAAAGCUGAGAUUGUGGAAGUCAAAGCAAAGCUGGAACGCACUCUAUAAGAAACCAAACUUACCCGAAAGGUCACUCUAAAUGUUCAUUCUCCUUGGUCCGUAGUUUCAGGGGGCGGGGGGGGGGG